AUGGUGUGGAAAUGGCUGGGCGCGUUGGUGGUGUUCCCUCUGCAGAUGAUCUAUCUGGUGGCCAAAGCAGCCGUCGGACUGGUGCUGCCCGCCAAGCUUCGGGACCUGUCGCGGGAGAACGUCCUCAUCACCGGCGGCGGGAGAGGCAUCGGACGCCAGCUCGCUCGCGAGUUCGCAGAACGCGGCGCCAGAAAGAUCGUUCUCUGGGGCCGGACUGAGAAAUGCCUGAAAGAGACGACAGAGGAGAUUCGGCAGAUGGGCACCGAGUGCCACUACUUCAUCUGUGAUGUAGGCAACCGGGAGGAGGUAUACCAGACGGCCAAAGCUGUCCGGGAGAAGGUGGGCGACAUCACCAUCCUGGUGAACAAUGCUGCCGUGGUCCACGGGAAGAGCCUGAUGGACAGUGACGAUGACGCCCUUCUCAAGUCCCAGCACAUCAACACCCUGGGCCAGUUCUGGACCACCAAGGCCUUCCUGCCGCGCAUGCUGGAGCUGCAGAACGGCCACAUCGUGUGUCUCAACUCCGUGCUGGCGCUGUCUGCCAUCCCUGGUGCCAUCGACUACUGCACGUCCAAAGCCUCGGCCUUCGCCUUCAUGGAGAGCCUGACCCUGGGGCUGCUGGACUGUCCAGGAGUCAGUGCCACCACCGUGCUGCCCUUCCACACCAGCACCGAGAUGUUCCAGGGUAUGAGGGUCAGGUUCCCCAACCUCUUCCCCCCGCUGAAGCCAGAGACUGUGGCCCGGAGGACGGUGGAAGCCGUGCAGCUGAAUCAGGCCCUCCUCCUUCUCCCGUGGACGAUGCAUGCCCUCAUUAUCUUGAAAAGCAUACUACCACAGGCUGCACUGGAGGAGAUCCACAAAUUCUCAGGAACCUAUACCUGCAUGAACACUUUCAAAGGGAGGACAUAA